GUGUAGUUAUUAGAGCUAAUGCAAGUGGAUGGAUGAAUGAAAUGGAAAUGAGUUUUUGGAUAAAUAAGAUUUGGCAAAAUCGUACACCAAAUUCUGAGAAUUCGCAGUCACUUUUAAUUAGAAAUAUGUAUAAUGAAUGGAUAUCACAAGAAAUAAGAGAAUUAACUGAAUCUGGACGAAUUAAACGUCCUCC